AUGCAAAUAAAAGAUGACUUCAUCGGCGUGUACCCCUUCUCAGGAUGGAACGGCGACGACUGCUGUAAUUGGGAUGUUGUUACUUGCGGCGACGAUGUAAGAAGUGAAGGCGGAAGCAGAAUCACGGGGUUCCAUCUAACUGGUGAAUUCGAUGGCAAUAUAGCAAAUGUAUCGGGUGAAAUUCCUCGGGUGAUUGGUGAUCUUCCAUUCCUGGAGGUUCUUGAUUUCGAUUACCUGCCAAAGCUUACGGGUUCAAUCCCUGAAACUACCGCAUACCUCUCUAAUCUCGAGCUUAUUGAACUGGAUCACGUUAACCUCACUGGACCUAUCCCUGAAUUCUUAAGCCAGAUUAAGACUCUGCAAUCCAUUCAGUUUCUCAAUUGCGGUUUAUCAGGGACUAUUCCCUCCUCUUUGUCCCUCCUUCCCAACCUUGGGAGUACUUAUUCUUAG